AUGAUCAUGCGCGCGGCCUGCGGCAUCCACAUGGGGGACCUUGAAGGGGCACUGGAGACGUAUGACUUGAUGUCGCGGAAGUUCUUCACCCAUGCGACGCCGACCCUCUUCAAUGCUGGGACUCCGAAGCCACAGAUGUCCUCCUGCUUUCUGCUGAAGUUGCAGGAUGACAGCAUCGAAGGUAUCUACGACACCCUGAAGCAGUGCGCUUCCAUCUCCAAGUCUGCCGGUGGAAUUGGCGUGGCAAUCUCGAACGUGCGUGCCGGCGGCUCCUACAUUCGCGGCACCAACGGCCACAGCAACGGCCUCGUACCCAUGCUCCGCAAUUUCAACGAGACGGCGAGGUAUGUGGAUCAGGGCGGAGGCAAGAGGAAGGGCUCCUUCGCUAUGUACCUGGAGCCCUGGCAUGCCGACGUUUUCGACUUCCUGGAGCUUCGCAAGAACCACGGCAAGGAGGAGCAGCGUGCCCGCGAUCUCUUCUAUGGGCUCUGGAUCCCGGAUCUCUUCAUGAAGCGGGUCAAGGACAAUCAGGACUGGACACUCUUCUGCCCAAACGAGGCCUACGACGAGGAGAGCGGUAAGGGUCUCAUGGAUUUCUGGGGCCAGGAGUUCGAGGAGCUGUACACACGCCUGGAGAGGGAGGGCAAGGGCCGCAAGACAGUCAAGGCACAGCAGCUUUGGUUCCGCAUCCUCGAGUCUCAGAUGGAGACAGGCACGCCAUACAUGCUGUACAAAGACCAUGCGAACCGGAAGUCCAACCAGCAGAACCUUGGCACGAUCCAUUGCUCUAACCUUUGUACGGAGAUCAUUGAGUACACUUCGAAGGACGAGGUGGCAGUGUGCAACCUCGCCUCCAUUUCGUUGCCAGCCUUUGCCAGCUCGGAUGGCACCUAUGACUUCCAGCGACUCUACCAAGUGACCAAGGUGGCGACCCGAAACCUAAACAAAGUCAUUGACCGGAAUUACUACCCGGUGGAGGAGGCACGUAAGUCCAACCUCCGGCAUCGGCCCGUGGGCUUGGGCGUCCAGGGCCUCGCCGAUGCCUUCCUCAUCAUGAAGCUCCCCUUCGAGAGCGAGGCCGCGAAGCAGCUGAACGAGGAUAUCUUCGAGACGAUCUACUUCGCGGCGUGCGAAGCAUCCUGCGAGCUUGCAGAAACUUGCGGCCCCUACGAGACCUACGAAGGCAGCCCUGCCAGCAAAGGUCUGCUGCAGUUCGACCUGUGGGAUCGGAAGCCACGCAGUGGGCGCUGGAACUGGGAAGGCCUGAAAGGCCGCAUCGCCCAAUUCGGACUCCGGAAUUCUUUGCUUGUGGCACCUAUGCCUACGGCCAGCACCGCCCAGAUCCUAGGCAACAACGAGUCCUUCGAGCCGUAUACACAGAACCUCUAUGUUCGUCGGGUACUCUCGGGCGAGUUCGUGCAAGUGAACCGACACCUCCUCAAGGACCUCAUCCAGCGCGGUUUGUGGAACGAGGAACUCCGCGUUCAGCUGGUCGCCCACAACGGCAGCGUCCAGAAGAUGGACCUGCCGCAGGAUCUCAAGGAGCUGUACAAGACCGUCUGGGAGAUCAGGCAGAAGGUUGUGCUGGACAUGGCUGGUGACCGUGGCGCCUACAUUGACCAAUCGCAGUCUCUGAACAUCCACAUGACGGAUGUGACCACUGCCAAGCUCUCCUCCAU